AUAAAAUUGGAAGAUAAUGAAACGGUUUACAUCAAAGAAGAAAAUCCUGCAGGUCCUACUUUAGAAGAUAUGUACAGGAAGAGGACAUCAAGAUUAAUAGAAAUAAAAAGAGAAAACGUGAAUGACGGAUUUUGUCCUCUGCAAUCUGAACUAAAGAGCAUCAAGAGAAGGAAAGGGAUCUAUCCCUGUUCUAAAUGCGAGUAUUCCGCAAAGAAUAAGCCUAUCUGAAAACACCUUAAGAGCAAGCACGAAGGUAUCAGACAUCGUGUUCUAAGUGUGAGUAUGCAGCAACUACACCAAGCUCCCUGAAGGUUCAUGUCAAAAGUAAACAUUAAGGAUUGAAAUACCAUUGCUCUAAAUGUGAUCAUGCUUAACUACAGUCAUCAGUCAUCUGAGAAAACAUGGUGAAAAUAAACACGAUGAAAGAGUUAUUUCAGUAAGUAGAUAUCAAUGGUCUUUAUGUGAGGAUGCUGCAACUAGAAUAGAUGGCCUAAAUAGACACAUUGAAUACAAACAUAAAGGAUUCAAAUAUCCCUGUACUAAAUGUUUGUGUGCGGCACCUACACCAAGUGCUCUAUAAAGACAUAUUGAAAAUAUGCAUGAUGAAGUGAGAUAUCCUUGCAAUAAAUGUGAUUAUGCUGUAAGUACAGCAAGUUAUUUGAAUAAGCAUGUGAAAACGAAACAUUCAAAAAGCUAAAACGUUGAAAAAUGUUCUAAAACAUUUUAACGACUAGACUUUACAAACGUUGCUUUCUAGUUACAAAAAAUCUUUAAUUCAUGGAGUCUUGUUUUGUGACUGGAAACAAAUCUUCCCUAUGAUCUGAAAACGUUUUUUGAAUACAAACAAACAACCACGAGAUAAAAGCAAAGAAACAAUUUAUUUAAAGAAGGUUUAAGUAAUUAUUAUGUUUUUUAUUUCCGCCCAGGGUAUGCAUUUGAGCAAGCUUUUAUACGAUUUUUUUUUAUUAAUGGUGAUUAUUUCCAUUCGCGAUCUCAGGAGUGGGUCAUAAUUUGCCUUGUUACUGCCUCAUUAUUUGUGUGUCUGCAUAAUUGCGCUCGCCUUUCAAUUUUUUUUAUAUUCACGUAAAAUGCAAUCUUACUUCAGGGACGUCAAAUUGUAUUCUUAAUUUAUUUCAAAUCUCUCAAUAAUAUUCUUGAAAUUUUUCAGACAAAAUGGCAGAGAACAUAAUUGAAAAAAAAGUGUUCAUGAAGGAAGACAUUUCUGCUGUUGAUUCACGUCCUGAAGAGAAUAAAUGUACUGCAGAGAAAACAUGUACUGUAGAGGAUACAUGUACAAUAUAUCUGAAAGAUAAAAAUGCCAAGGAAGAAGAUGUAAAAGAAGGUGUAGAGGAUACAAGUACCGUUGAGGAUACAUGUACUGAAUUGGAAUUAAGUACUGUAGAAAAUACAUGUACUGAAGAGGAUACAUGUACUGAAGAGGAUGCAUGUACUGAAGAUGAUACAUGUACUGAAGAGGAUACAUGUACUGUACAGGAUACAUGCACUGUACAGGAUACAUGCGCUGUACAGGAUACAUGUACUGUACAGGAUACAUGUACUGUAGAGGAUACAAGUACUGAAUUGGAUACAACUAAUGUAGAGGAUACAAGUACUUUUGAGGAUACUUGCACUGAAGAUGAUACACGUACUGAAGAUGAUAAACGUACUGAAGAUGAUACAAGUAGACUUGACGAUACAAGUGCUGCAGAAGAUACAAGUUCUGUAGAGAAUAAAAUUACUCUAGAGGAUACAUGUACCGUAUAUCUUAGUUAUCACAGGAUUUUUUUUGAUCUAGAUAGAAGAAUGCAUGGACUACGAAUAUGA